UCUACUUUGUUUCCCUUUGCUCUACGAAUCUAUCCCCCUUCCCCCCCUCCAUAUCCUAUUUUCUGUUGAUUUCUGGAGAAACCCCUUUUCGUUUUUUUCAUGAUUUUUGUUUUCAAUGUCUUCCACCAUCACUUGUUUACCUCGGGUUCUUUCUUUUCGCUCUCUUCUCCAUGUUUCUUUACAGAUGGUCCAGAAACCCUUUUUGACUUUUCGUCAUUUGUAUUCUCCCCUUCUCUUCCUCUAUUAACCUUUUUUUUUCUUCCUCUCUCUCUCUCUCUCUCUCUCUCUCUCUCUCCCCCUCUCUCUCCUUAAACAUUUCCUUGAUGUUGAUUUUCUGGCAGGUGGCAUUGCUUUUGUUGCUACAAUUGAGCAAUGCUGCGAAAAUAAUCGGUGAAGAGCUCGCCGGACAGUGUGAUUCUAAACCAACAUUAGAUCCAAGACCACACAGUGUGUCUAUCUUGGAGUUUGGCGCUGUUGGCGACGGCAAAACUCUCAACACCAUUGCCUUCCAAAAUGCCAUUUUUUAUCUUAAAUCCUUUGCUGAUAAGGGUGGAGCUCAGCUUUAUGUUCCACCUGGAAAGUGGCUCACUGGAAGCAUUAAUCUUACCAGCCAUCUUACCCUCUUCUUGGAAAAAGGUGCUGUGAUUCUUGGCUCUCAGGACCCAUCCCAUUGGGAACUUGUCAAUCCCUUACCUUCAUAUGGUAGAGGUAUUGAAGUUCCAGGGAAACGAUACCGAAGCUUGAUAAAUGGUUACAAUUUACAAGAUGUUGUAAUAACAGGUGAUGAUGGGGUCAUUGAUGGACAGGGUUUAGUUUGGUGGAAUUGGUUUAGCUCUCAUUCCCUAAACUACAGCCGCCCUCACCUCGUGGAAUUUGAGGAUUCUCAAUAUGUAGUUGUAUCAAACCUCACUUUCUUGAACACUCCUGCAUAUAACAUUCAUCCAGUCUAUUGCAGUAACGUCUAUGUUUACAACAUCUCUGUCUCUGCACCUUCUGAAUCUCCCUACACAGUUGGAAUAGUCCCAGAUUCCUCCGAUCAUGUAUGCAUAGAGGGCUGCAACAUUGCCACAGGAUAUGAUGCCAUUGCCUUGAAGAGUGGUUGGGAUCAGUAUGGUAUUGCCUAUGGCAGACCAUCUAAAAACAUACACAUUAGAAGGGUCCACCUCCAGUCAUCUUCAGGUUCUUCCAUUGCCUUUGGUAGUGAGAUGUCUGGUGGGAUAUCUAAUGUUCUUGUGGAGCAUGUGCAACUGAACAACUCAUUUAUUGGCAUUCAAUUUAGAACUGCUAAGGGAAGAGGGGGUUACAUUAAAGGAAUAGUCGUUUCAGAUGUUGAAAUGGAAAACAUAUCCACGGCAUUCAGUGCCUCUGGUCACUUCGAGUCACAUCCGGACGAUGAGUUUGAUCCUAAUGCUCUCCCAAUUGUGCAGGACAUAACCUUGCAGAAUGUGAGAGGCACAAACAUUAAAAUUGCUGGAAACUUUUCUGGGAUACAAGAAUCUCCCUUCACUUCAAUCUAUUUAUCCAACAUUACCUUUUCAAUCAAUUCAUCUUCUUCCACAUCUUGGCUCUGUUCAGAUGUUUCUGGCUUUUCAGAAUCUGUGAUCCCACCACCCUGUUCUGAUCUCAGUACUCCAUAUUCAAUUUCUUCCUCAGCAGCCUCUCCCCUUGUGAAUUCAAAUGGAAAAACUGCCGUUUUAUGAAAACCCUUUCCAUCCAUGGUACACCAAUAUAUAUUUCAACCCCCAUUCUACAUGAGGGAAAAUACCAAAACUUUCAAUCAUUGCCUUCUCCAAGUCAAGCCAGAUUCUUUCAAAUAAAAACCACAUGUCUAGAUUACUUGUUUCUUCAUUCUCUUAGAUUUGUUUUCUUCCAUGUUGCAGUCUGCAGAUUUAUUUGUACAGUUCCAUUUCUUCAUUCACGUGUAAGGAAAUUUUUGGUAGUGAUUUUACAGGUCUUUUGGUAUCGUUUGUGUUGCUUUUUUAAAUUAUUCCCCCUCCCUCCCCCCCUCAAGAGCUUGGUGCAAUGUAAUUUUCACUGUAAAUUGUUCAUUUGUUGUGAAGGGCUGAAAGGAUAAAACUCUAGUUGUUGUGAAAAGCAAUUCAUGUGGAACCAAGUGAUUGGAAUAAAGGGAUCUUGGUGACACUCUACUGCUUGUUAAGUAAAUUAAGCUGGGUGCUCUUUUUUCCAAUUCAAGUAUACAUUUUAUUUCUCUUCCUCUUCCUGUUAUGUUUAGUAAUGAAUUAUCCUUUCUCGUCA